UCCAGCACUUUUUCCGAACCGGAUGAACUUAUCCGCGAUGCCAGCAAGAUGCUCCCAAGACAAUUGUAUCGAGUGUUCUAUGAGACAUCAGUAACGCUGAGUUGCUACGUAGGCACAGAGCUGCAUGUCCAACAUCGCGAGAAGCCGAAACUCAGGCUGCGGGAAGGGAAUGCGUUUCAGGCGAUUGCAGAUUUUUCUCUCAGCAAAGAUCUCAACACCGAAAGAAUUAGGAGGCAUACAAAAUGGCAGCAAAAAAAGCAUCCGUCAUCUUACAUCUCCGCUUUUAACAACAUCAGUAAAUUUCACUACUACGAUAGCCAGCGUAUUGGGCACCGGGUCUCCAUAGCUGAGAUCUCUACAGAAGGGCUUGUAGCGGCCACUGUAAGGAGGACCGUGGAAGAGACCGUAGGCAGAUGGCAAGGUUUGGAUUUUCUAGGCAAGGAAGUGACCACACGGCACGAAAAGAUCCCAGUCUGGGUGAACGAAAGCAUCAUACCGUCGGAUCGGUCGGAUAUCCCGGUCGCUCAGCUCAAAGGCUCGAAAUAUGAGAUGUGGCUUUCCAUCACCGAAUUGCGGCGCUGCGGCAGUGACUUCAGACUAGCCUGCAGCAAAGGACAUGAUUUUGAAUGGUUGGCGGCCGGCGCCAUUCCAAAGUCAAGGAUCACACGGGUCAUGCCUUUUGAUGGAGAAACAUUGCAUAAGUACCCCGAACUCGGCAUCGUGCGAAGUAUCCGCAGAGUCGAACCUUACUUUUUCGACUACAAAACAUCCACAUGGCAGCUUGAAGUUUCAGACGCUCGAAAACGGAAACCCGAGUCUGAAGCACGAAAAGGCCAGAAGCGACCCAAGACUACUGAUGAUGUUGGAGAGGAAUCUGGGCGAAUUCCCUCUCCAAAGCCUAGCGAAGACGUUCCUGCGACCUGUCCUACCUGCGGACACACUCUAUCCGAGGGUUCCGCAUGA